UCAAAGGGAAUUGGCGACCACAAUUACUGCAGGAAUCCUAACCAGAAAGAGAUGCCAUGGUGCUAUGUCCGGAAAGAAGGAAGAAUCAGGAGAGAAUCCUGCAAUAUUCCCAAAUGUUCACCAUCAACAGUCAAACCUCCCCAAGCUGUGGAUACAGAGCUGACAUGCGGUGAGAAGUCCGAGCGCAAGAGGCAUAAAAUUGUGGGUGGUUCUUUCACACCCAUAGAGUCGCACCCAUGGGUCGCUUCUAUCUUUACAAAACGCGGCUUCCUUUGUGGUGGCUCUCUCAUAGCACCAUGCUGGGUACUCAGUGCUGCACACUGCUUCCCUGAUGGUGAGGGGACUAACAUCAAGCUGUCUGUGUACCUGGGGAAGAGCGCCACCAAUGAGACCGAUCACACCAGAGAACAGGAUUUCACAGUGGAAAAACUGAUCGUCCAUCAAAACUACAACGACGACAACUUCAACAAUGACAUAGCACUGCUGAAGAUCAGAUCUGGAGAUGGAAGAUGUGCGGUGCAAUCACCGUCUGCACGGACAGUUUGUCUUCCUCCAUCUCACACUCAGCUUCCUGCAGGAUUUCACUGCAGCAUCGCAGGAUACGGGCAGGAGAGAUAUGCAGCGUGGCGGUUCUCACAGGUACUGAAACAGGCCGAGGUGAAUCUCAUCUCCCAGACUGUCUGCAGGAGAAAAUUUUACAAUAGCAAUCAGAUCACUGAGAACAUGUUUUGUGCUGGGAGCCCUGACUGGAGCACUGAUGCCUGCAAGGGUGACUCUGGUGGUCCGUUGGUUUGUGAAGCUGCUGGCCGGAUGUUUCUCUUCGGAGUAGUGAGCUGGGGUGAAGGCUGCGCCCUGCGGAACAAACCAGGUGUUUACACGCAAGUCAGCAACUACAACCAAUGGAUCGCAGAAAUGACACAGCUUCCCAAAUUCACAGAAGGAAUCAUGUAUCCCACAAAAUGAAGCUGUGGCAGAAAGUGACCACUUGCACUCAGGCAUUUCAUUUUUUAAAUGAACAUUUGGCAUUGUUGUAGGCUCUUUGUGUGUGUGCGUGUGUGUGUGUGUGAGAGAGAGAGAGAGAGAGUGGCAAUUGCUAUAAAUGCACAGUGAAGGAUUUGCUAAAUAUAUUUAAUUGUAUAUAAUUUGUCAUUUUCUAAUACUGUUUUAAUUUUUUUAUGCAAAAUGUAUUCAUAUUAGGAAUACGGAUGUCAAAACAAGCUAUUUGAAAGUUUAUUUAUCUAAUUAAAUUUAAGAGGAAUGUCCUCAUGUUGAAGGCUGGCCCUGCUUUUGAGCAAUA